ACCAUCUCCAUAUACAGGCUACUUCCUUCUUUGCAGCUUCAGAAGUCAGAAAACAAAAGGAUAAUACGCUGAUAGAUGGAGGCAAUCAAGAUUGGUUUAACACCCGAAACAUGGCCCGGUGUGGUUGGCUUCCCGGUUUUAGAUGCAAUUAAUAUUAUCCGUCAAGAGAGGCCAGAUAUAACAGAAGUUCGAGUACUACCUCCAAAUGAGGCCCCAUCACCACUCGUGGAAGGCACUGUACGUGUUUGUAUCUACAACGACAUCGUCAAUGGUCAGGCCGUUGUGGUUAGACCAGAGCCAUAUAUUGGCUAGUUUGUGCUGCAAUGUUUAGCCUUAAACUUUAUCAUGCCUUGAUGUGUUACAGGCAAAUUUAAAUUGAAUAAUGCGAGUGAGUGUGAUAUCUGAAGUUCCUUCCAUAGCUGGUUUAAAAUAUGUAGGUGUGUGUGCUGGUUGUACUUGUAUUUCAGUGAUUAUGCUAAUCAAUAUAUGUCCCAUGUUUAUUAUAUAUAUAUUGGCCUUU